GAAGCCGGAUUUUACUCCACUUCUCGUCUGUUUUAUUGAACAAGUAUUGACUGAGCCGCUAGGCUUAAUCAUGUUAGUUACUGUUUUAGUGUGACCCAAUUUCGAACCGAAUACCUCUUUUUUUCUCAUUCUUUCGUUUCUUCUACCUAUUUUGUGCAAGUUUAUAUCUUUGUCUUGUUCACUCUAAAAAGUAAGAGAGAGAUUCUUCUCACCGCACCAUUUGUGAUUGUGGUUUGAAUUCAAAAAAGUUGAAUCAUGCCAUCAGGUGCAAAGAAGAGAAAAGCCGCCAAGAAAAAGAAGGAGAUAGAAUCAUCUACUUCCACCAACAACCCUCAAGGGGAGAAUGAGUUGAAGUCGAUAGAUGAGAAAGGAAGUGAUGGUGGAGAGGGUGAUUCGCCUCGUAACCAGGAUGAGGAUCAUAAUCAGUUCAAUGAAGGUAGUGAUGAGGUGGAGGAGAUUGAACCAUCGGCUGUUGGUGUUAAGUCCGAGGAAGAAGUUCGGAAGGAUAGUAAGGUUGAGGAAGGUGAGGGAGGAAAGGAGGGUGUUGAUGUGAUAGAAUGGGAUAUGAAAUCUGAUGAGAGUAGUGAGAACAAAGAUGUUAGUGUUGUGCGAGUUGAGGCUGCCGAGGAAUUGAAUAAUGGGAGUGGGAAUUCGGGUGGUACUUCUAAUGAUGUAGUUGAAACCGGUACUGCGAAGCACUUAAAGGAUGAGUCCUAUAAUAAUAAUGAUUCAGUAAAAGAGACAGCUGUGUCUGAUGAGGAGGCUGUUAAUUCGAUUAAGGGGAGUGUUAAUUCAGCGGCUGAAUCUUCUGCUGGUUCGGUUAAUGUUGUGAACUCUGUCUCUGAGAUUCAAAGCGGAGAUACUGGAAAUAAUUUACUGGAGAAACCAUUGGGCUCUCAAGGAGUGGAAACUGAUCUUGCCGUGAAGACAAAUGGGGAUAAAGUACAUGUCUUACCUGAUGAGAAUGUUAAAGCAUCAAGUUUGGAAGAACAUGAGACAAGGGAAUUCGACGGUAAAGUAUCAUCAUCACCGGUGUCUCAAGGAGUGGAAACUGAUAUUGUCGUGAACAGAAAUGAGGACAAAGUACAUGUCUUACCUGAUGAGAAUGUUGAAACGUCAAGUUUGGAAGAACCUGAGACAAGGGAAUUCGACGGUAAAGUAUCAUCAUCACUGGUGUCUCAAGGAGUGGAAACUGAUAUUGUCGUGAAGACAAAUGAGGAUAAAGUACAUGUCUUAACUGAUGAGAAUGUUAAAACAUCAAGUUUGGAAGAACCUGAGACAAGGGAAUUUGACGGUAAAGUAUCAUCAUCACCGGUGUCUCAAGGAGCGGAAACUGAUCUUACCGUGAAGAGAAAUGAGGAUAAAGUACAUAACUUACCUGAUGAGAAUGUUAAAACAUCAAUUUUGGAAGAAUCUGAGACACGGGAGUUCGACGGUAAAGUAUCGUCUUCACCGGUGUCUCAAGGUCCUAUCACUGAAUCUAGUAAUGGUGUAGAACGUUUUAAAGAUUCCAACACUGCAGAAUGCUCUGAAAAUCAGCCUCCGGUAGCAUCAGCUCCACAUAUAGUGCAAAAAACGUCCUGGUUGAGUUGCUGUGGCUUGUUUGAAGUGCUGUCACGCUCUAACAGAUAAGUUCAGGUUAGAAAUACAUGCACGUGGAUCUCAAUUGAUGUGUCAAACCUGUGAAGACUUAGGACUUGGAUCAUAAAAUUUUGUGAUUUUUAUAUGAAUAUGUGUUUGUUUAUGAUUUUCCAAACAAAUAAUGGGCAACAAGCCCAACUAUAUGAGAUUUAUAUACAGUGAGGUUUGUUGUAGUA